AUGCAACACUGCGGCGCCACCAUCGGAGAACAGCGGCUAAACACAAAGGAACGCGAUUUCAUGGGAGUACAUUUCAAUCACAAAAACAACACGGUUUCUUUAAGUGGUAAAACAAUAAAGCGGUUGCAACAGGCACCUUCUCCAGACAACACGACAGUCGAAGAAUUGGAGAGUACGGUUUCGCGUAUGAUGUGCGCAGGAGGGGUAAGGGGUGAAUCCCUUUUCCCUUAUUAUUUCUUUCUAAAAAUCGUACGCCGACGUUUGUCCCGUUUAAAUCGAGGUUUAAUACGGCCACAAAACCAGGAAAAUUUGCCGACAAAUACGGGGGAAAUUGGGCAAAAUUGGCUCACAACAUUAUUAAAGAAUGAGCCGGUUCAUCCUCCUCAGCAGUUGCCUUCCACGGCAACACUGGCAACAUACGCCUCCAUGUACGGAUGGGGGGCGCUGUUAUUUAAGGAUUCAGGGGAGGUUUUGGCCGCGGGUGGUGCGCGGGAGCGAACACCCCACACGAUUCUCCAAGCAGAGGCGCUUGCCGUUCAUCCGGCAUUACGAGGGUUUAACGUGCACUUGGCGGGUUGGGGGAUGGCGUCAAUGGGGUUUCUUCAGCCGAAUUGCUGUUGCGUUGGUUUCCCACGGGCGUGGCUCUGGGGAACAAGGGUGUCAGAGGGGAAUUGUUUUCUUUUGAGGGUGGUGUGGAUUUUGUGGGGGAAAAUUUGUAGAGUGAAACAAUUAUUGUAA